CCGCAAUCUGUCAUAAAGCAACAAACACAAAAUGCAAAAAAUAACAACUGCAAAUACAAAUAAUGCCGAAAGCGACAGUGAAAAUAAUCGUAAUUUGUUGAUUUAAGCGGCGGCAGCGGUCGUUGCUAAUGUCGCUGAAUGUUCAAGCGUGCGUCAGAGUUUUGUAUGUGUGUAUUUGUGUAUGUAUGUGCAAAAAUUACAAAUAAGCAAGAAUUGAUAGGCUGAGCCUGCGAAAUACAAACAUAAAGCGCAAAUGCAAAAAACACAACAAAGAUUGAGAAGGCAAAGCUGAGUACAUAAACAAUGUAAAUGCGUGUGUGUGUGUCACGUGUAAUGCACAAAAUGCAAGCAACAAUAAGAAGAUGCACUUAAGAGAAACAUUGGAAAAUAACGAAGCUAUCGAAGACAACGAGCAGAGAGUCGGAUCGUUCGUUAUAAUAAUCACGCCGAAAACGAGAUAAAAACGAUUGCGGUUAGCUGCCCGAAACUGGAACAACCACCGGAAAUUAACGCCAGAUUGCAAUGUUUUUGUUUUACAAUCGACGCAUUUUUGUCAUUAUAUUAAUUGAAUUUCUGCUGCUGCUGCUGAGCGAUGACAAUGGACAACCAACGCUGACCAAGUUGCCGACAACAGUUGCUGCCGCUACACAAUCGAAAAACUCAACAACAUUAAAGCCGUAUAUACAGAUCAAGAAGCACGCCGUCACAAGACUGACCAUAACCAAUCCAAAUGCAACCCACUUACUGCACUGCAAUCCCAUCAUAAAUCCUUAUGACUACUACCAGGACGGCGCUCCCAUUUACUGCAGCUGGUACCGCAACGGCGAGGCCAUCGAGCACUUGGCCAUACGCAACAAUCAGUUCUUCAUCUAUAAGAAUGGAACGCUGCGACUGCCGCCCAAUGAGCGCAUCAGCGGCGUCUAUCAUUGUCUAAUUGAGUCAGAUGACAUGAAAGUCAUAUCCGACAGCAUCACGGUUGAAUAUCCAGUGUUGAAACGUCUUGUGCUUGGCCCCCAGCAGAGCGCCAACGUAAGCGUCCAGGCGGAGGGAAACCUUGUGCUCGGCUGUCCUUUUUUUAGUGUGCCCGCUGCUCGCAUCAGCUGGUACUUUGGCAACGAGUCCUUGGCGAAUGAUAGCAGUGCUUUUAUCCUGAGCAACGGCACGCUCAUAGUGCGCAAGGUGCGACAGGAACAGGCUGGAAAAUACAAAUGCGUGGCCAAGAACCAGUAUGCCAGCAGAACGCACCGUCAGUUCGUGUGGCUGGUGCGUGUCGAGCCGAAUACCAGCGGGCCACAACCACUGGCCACAACGACAACGCAUCUGUUGCCAGCCUUCCAGAAUGCCACACUGUUUGUGCCCACGGGAGGGUCGCUGCAGCUGCAGUGCCACGCGAUGGAGGACUAUGUGCCCAUCGAAUGGUGGCUGCAGCAUCCGAACAACUCCCUGUCCCAGCUGAGCAACAAUAGCAUGACGCUGGAAAUAACGAACGCCAGCAUGGCCCGGCAUGAGGGGUACUACAUGUGCACCACGCCCACAGACAGGCAGACGUUCCGGGUGAUAGUCACCAUUCCGCCGAGAAUAGUUAGCUCGCUGCCCGUGGAACUGGGCUACAUCAGUUUGUCGACAACGCUCAGCUGUCGUGCUGAGGGCAAUCCGGAGCCAACCCUCAGCUGGUACCACAAUGGCGCACCGCUAAACAGUUCCUAUACACGCUACAUCAGUGGCAACGAGCUGUACAUCCACUCCUUCGAUCCGGAGGAGGAGGGCAUCUAUCAGUGUUUCGCGCGCAAUGUUGCUGGCGAGGAUUCCGUCACCGGCGAGAUGCGCUUCAAGCACCAGCUAGAGCAGCCGAAUCCACUGCAGAACAUACGCUGCUACCCGCACAGCUUCCACACCAUCAAUGUCACCUUUGACAGCCGCACCUUGGAGUCGAUGUUCGUGGUGCACAUUGUGCGCAGCAAUCCGCAUCAGUGGAGCUCGUUUGCGCCCAUGAAGCUGAAUCACACCUCGUUUGUGGUGAUAUCAACUGGUCUGCCCAUCUAUCGUCCGUUUGCGCUAAUCACCCGAUUCCUGCUGCCAACCUCGGAGGUGCGCUCGGGCAGCAUAGUGCCACAGCAGAUGAUGAUUAGCUCGCUGCGCAGUCCGGCUGUUGUCUGCUGCACCCAGGGCUUGCUGCUGCGGCUGGUACACCUGGGCAACGACACCUUUGUAAAGUGGUCGCAGGCGGAGCUGGACAACAAAAAGUAUUUCAUACUGCAGUUCUCCAUCAAUCACACGCAUCCGCAUCCCGCCCAGCUGCUGGACGGGCCGCUGCAUGGCACCGUCACGGCCGUGGAGGAGAAGCCAGACGAGGUGCGUCGCCAGCUGACCAUCAUUCGGCCACUCAAUCAGUCGGCUGCUGCCACAGUGCUGCGUAAUGCGGAGCACGAGGUGCUGGACAACGAGGUGGACGACCUGACGCUCGAAAUAGAGGAGGACAUCUUCAGUCUGGUGGUGGAUGCCAACGUCACCGGCCUGCUCCUGCAUCACUUUACUCGCAUCAAGAUGCGUGUCCUGAUCAUCACCAGCGAGAACGAGUAUCUCGCUCAGGACUUUCGCUAUGUACAGUGGAAGAUUAUCGAGAACGGCACAUCCGAUCAGGCGAACAUGUCCUUUCGCCUAAUUACUGUGGAGUCACGCAUGCUGGCCUUUCAGUUCCUGGACAGCCUCAAUGACACCUGCGUCUACGAGUGCCACCUGCACGUGCAGCUGCCGCUGCGCAAGCAGGAGCCCAAAUGCAAGGAGCGCACCAUUGUCAACUCGGUGCUGCUCGUCUCGGGUCUCAGUGCCAACGAGCGCUACAAUUUCCACUUCUACAAUUGCAAGCCGCAAAUCUUCUACGGCGAAAUGGAUGUGCAGACGCUGCCAGACCCGCCCGGCACUAUCAGCAAUUCGCGCGUGGUCAAGCACAAUGGCCUCAAGCUUAUAUGGGAGCCACCGCUGCAUCCCAACGGACGCGUCCAUCACUAUAAUAUUCUCUGGACUCUGGGCAAUGUGACACACGAGGCAAAUGUGCUAGAAUGUCGUCCUUGUUUCUAUAAGUUUCCCAAUGUUUCGGAGACCGACAAGAUUCAUGUGGCCGUGCGUGUUGUUGGUGAGACGGGCGUGGGCGCGCCCAUGUUCUUUGACUUGAUCAAUCAUCACAUACUGGAAACGGUGCAGAACUCCUCGAAUCAUGAAGUCUAUAGCGGCAUCGCCAUCGGCUCGCUGCUGUCGAUGCUUUGUGUUUUUGGCUUUGCGCUCUUCAUCAUAUUUCAGAGGCGUCGAUUCAAGGCACGCGUCCCGGGGCCCACGCAUUUGACCACGCCCACAGACAUCAAUUUCGGCAAUCUGAGCAGUGCCUCGGGUAUACCGGGUGACAGUGCCGGUGGCCUUAGCGGCAACACAAUGCAGCAGGACUGCCACGAAAUGCAGACACUGAUUCCGCGCUCCCGCUACCACAUCGAGCUGCUGCCCGAGCGCACGCUGGAGUACCAGACGAGCACAGCGACGGCAGCAGCGUUGCCGAAUGGCAAUGGCAAUGGUAACGGUAACGGAACGGCGGUACGGCGUGCGGAUCAGGAAGCACAACUGGAGCUGACCAUUGCGGGCGUGCACAACCUAUCUCAGCUGCCACUGUGCGCCAGCUCGCCGGAGCGUAAAACUGUGCAGGAUGCCAUGCUGCAAGAGGCAAAGGCCUUCUACAUACCCUACCGCCACACGCCACCGAAUGCAGUGGCGCUGCAGGCAGGCGGCAGCAGCAACUCCAAUGCCAGCCACAAGCAGAGCUCCUCAAAGAACAGCGACAGCGGCCUGGAGGUGGCAGUGCCGCCCAAUUCGCUGCCGCUGGUGGCCACUGUGCCGGGGCUGGGACGUCGCAGCGGCAGCUUGAGCAGCAGCAGCGCCAGCAGCACCAGCAACGGCAGCAAGAAGCAAUUCCAUACAAAUUUUGCGCGGCACUCGAAUUCCAAUGAUGGCAUCUGCCUGCUGGCCGAAGAGGAGUCGGCUGCGACGCUGACGCCGACAUCGGAGCAUGAGUACGCGUGUGUUAGUCUCACCAACGGUUUCAAGUUGCCCGCCGAAAUGACAAAGCAAAUGCCGAGCAAAAGCCAAUUUAGCAACAACAAUAACAGCAGCAGCAGCAGCAGCAGCAACCAUAAGUCAACUGUUGUCCAGCAGAAGGAUCGCCAUCAGCAGCCGAUGCCGCAGCAGUAUCCCUCUGCAUCCAUAGUUCCUGUCAACGGGCCACAGACUCACUCUGUGGGCGUUAAGAGCAAAAAGACGACGACAAUGGCCAAGCAGGCGUGGCCAGCGUCUACGGCCCUGAAUCGGCGUGCCCAAGUCGAUCCAAAUGGCUGAGCCUGAAUAGCUGGCAUUGUCGUCGUCGCCUCGCCAAGCAAAAGUAUUCCAUGCAACACUACUACACAUACACUUACACUUUACUCUACACACACACACACACACACACAACACACACACGCACCAACACACAUACACAUUCGCAGCUCGAAACAUUCCAAACAUUGUGGAUCCCUAUAUUUGCAUUAGUUCAGUAUAAGGACCCAUACAUACAUACAUAAGAAUAUGCUUAGUUAUAUGAAGUACAUUUUAUAAAUGUAUUUAUUUAUCUUUAUCUCUAUCCUUAUCUUUAUCUUCGAGAGCUAAAGUCGAACCAUGAGAAUAUGAUAAUAUACGAGAAUAUACGUACAUAAGCAGCAUAUUUAUAUACAUAUAUAUACAUACAUAUAUACAUAUGCAUGCAUAUAUAUAAAAGCAUAUUUAGUUUACUUUUAAGCACAUGAACGUUUUUAAGCUUGUUUAGUUUUUGUUUGUUUUCUUUUGUUAAUUGAGGCUAACUAUAAUUAUUAUUUUAAUUUGUAGUAAACGUUCUCUAAUAUGAAUUUAUUAAACUGCCGUAGUAUUCUAUUACAACACACAUAGCCAAAAAGUCAAACAAAUAUGCAAUAGCCCAGUUCAUAUAUACACACAUAUACACACACAUUUUUAUACAUAUACACACGUACAUUCACACUCACAAUAGUCACAAUAGUGUUCAUAUCGAUUUACUGCAAAUAAUUACCCAUAUCAAUAAUUCCAUUCAUAUUUAAGUAAAAUAUAUAAUUUUCGCAUUUUAACUGCUGCAUUUUGCGUUUUGUUUGAGCAUUUCUCAUUUGUUUGUUUAUAUUAUUUGUUUAAUUUUUGUUUAACCGAUAUAUCAAAUGUACCUGAUUAUAUUCAUUUUGCAUUUCGUUAAGCGCUCAUUUCCAGCACCGGAACACAAAACAAACAAAAAAACAAACACGCAUAUUGCAUUUCGAUUCUAUUUAAAUAGACCUUUUGUUAAUGCCUCACACGCAUUUCAAAUGUACCGCAGCCGUAUUGAACGAGUCUAUCCCAAUUACCGACUGUACCUAGUUCGUACAAACAACUAAACCUCUAGCUAUGUCACACACACACACACACCAUACACAAACACACAUAAAAACAACAUCAUAUAUUAUAUUUCUAUAAGCAUUGAAAGUUAUAUAAGAUGUAUUUAGCAUUGAGCGCAGAAUUUAAAAUGAGCUCAUCUAUAAUAUGUAUUUUGUGAAUUGUUGUUCAAUGUUCAAAAACCAAUGUGAAAAUUGUUAUAAAAUACACAGAUACACGCAUAUGCGCACACACACAUAGCCACACAUCCAAACACGCAGACAUUCCAUUUCAUGGACGUAUUUAACUAGAGUACAUGCAUCAAAUUCUAUUACUGAAUGAAAUCAAAAAAACAAAAAAGAGUAACGAAAAAACAAGUAGACAAAAAGUUAUAUUAAGCCAAUUCAAUUAAACAAUAUUUGUACGAUUCCAUAUUGCAAGAAUGUGUUUACGAACUGUAACUGUAUACGUAUUUAGAUAUAAGUGCAAUAACACCUAUUUAAACCAUAAACAAACCCGUCAACCCAAAACCAACAAACCAACCAACCAAACAAAGCUAAUCGAAAACUACAAACAAUAGUACCUUUCCCAUUGGAAAUGAACAAAUAAUAUGCAUAGAACAGUAAAUAGAUUACAAUAUGUGGCUUCCGCAAUGGUAAAUGUGCUUCUUGACGAAAUUAUAGCAAUGCAUAGCUCAUUUCCUUCCAAAAUUCCCGACGAUCCUGUCUUGGAGUGCACUUGCCACAUGUGUCCAACAAUAGCCAAUUCAAAUUGUGUUCAUUAUUGAAAUACGCCACGAAACUGGCAUUUCAACAGCAUUUCGAAUCAACUGAUAUAGCAUAGUCUUAGCACAUACAAAACUUCAAAGGUGUUCCGUCAAACAACAUUUAAGGUAAAUAAUUGAAGGCUCAGUAAAAAUUUUUAUGAUCGCAUUCAAAUCAAGCUAAACAAAAACUAUUCCGUAAAUGAACUCAAAAUUCCUAAAACAAAAAGAGAAUUUUAAACAAAAAUUAAAUAUAUACGAAAAGAAAUAUUAUGCAGCAAAAGGCAAAUUAUAUGUAUUUAAUUCAAACAAUAUAUAAAAGUAGAUCUUAAGAAAUACAUUUAAACAAAAGAAGAGAAGGAAAAUACCACGAUAAGAAUGUGAAAUUAAAAAAUUAAUAACUGCGAUUGUGAUCGCUGUGUAAGUGGAUGUGAUAAAUGUUUAAAAUAUUUAAGCGCAAAAACAAUAAAAAAAAACAGUAUGAAAAUAAUUAUUCGAUGGCAUAAAAAUGCGUAUUGCGACUUUUACAUAGAUGUUUUUGGCUAAAGCGAAACCAAUAAAAAACAAAAGAAAAGAAAAAAAAAAAAAA